CGAGUUACAAACAAAACUGACGAUUCCGGUGUUGGAGUUUUCAAUAUCAUUCUUUUAUUUACAAUUUCUUGGCAGCAUUGACUUAUCCUUUUGACUUCGGUGCAUCAUAAAUAGAACGUCAUGGCUCCAAAGAAGAAAAAGGGAGGUAAGAAGUCAGGGAAGAAGGGUAAAUUAGCUAAAAUGACUGAAGAGGAGAGAGUUUUGUAUUUAGAACAGAAAUUGUUGGCAGAGGAAGAAAUGAAGAAAAAGAAAGAAGAUAUGUUAACUCAAUUUUUAAAGGAUAAACUAGCCAAGGAAGAAAGAAAUGCUCGGUUCAACUCCAAUAAACUUAACAACCAAUGGCGUACUAUAAUGAGAACAGCAAAGUCAAAGGAACUGAAGAGAGAUAUAGAAAUUUUAAGUCAAACAUUUGAGAGAGUUGUAGACAGAAAAGACAGCGUUAUUAAGUCUCUAGCUAAAGACUUAUCAGAAGCUGAGGAGCAAUAUUCUAUGGCACUAAGGAGCCAUCUACAGAAUGUUGAUAGUUUAAUAGAUUUACAGAGACAAAGAUUAGACAUCCUGCAGAAGGAAUACACUGAAGAACUAGAUAUACUGAAAAAUGAGUUUGACUCAGAAAGAGCUUUGAUCAUUGAACAGUUCAAGAGGGAAAUGAAUGACUUACAGGACAUCAUGUUUGCUAUGGAUCAGAAUUUUUCUGAAAGGGAGAAUGAAGCAAGACAAGAGUUCCAGAGCCUGAGAGAUGAAAUUAAAAAUAAGAAUUUAGAAGAAAAACAUGCACUGAGAAUUCAGCUGGAAGGUCAAGUUGAAGAUCUCUGGAAGCAGUUUCAAGUUGCAUUGAACAAUUACAAAGAAACCACAGAGGAAAGAAAACAGGCAUUCGAAAAUCUCAAAGCUAAGGAUGAGAAAAGUGCUAAAGAGAUUGAAACCCAGAUGAGGAAACUGCAGAGGAUAUCAGAUACAAUGGCUAUGCUAAAAGGAAAAAUGGCACAGAAUGCAAGAGAGAGUGAAGAAAGAAACAGACAACUGAGAGAAGAGAAAGAAUUCAUCUCUGUUCAUUUCCAAGAGUUGAAAAGACAGAUGAAUGAAUUCCGUGGUAAUGAGAGGGCUCGGUUGACAAAAUUAACACUGCAAAGCAAUGCAGCUAUUAAGGAAUUGCAGAGGAAGAGAGAAAAAGGUGAGAGAAUUCUCAAGUUGACAGAACAAUGUCGGAAACUGGAGACUGAGGAGGAAAAAGUUUUACCUUUCUAUGCUUCAUCACUAACUGCUGAAGAAGAUGAUGAUGUUAACCUUGCUGUACAGGAACCACCGUCUGAACCAUUAGCUGAGGUCAUGCAUGAUUACACAGCUCUGGAGAAUUUCUGGAAGAGGUACAACAAAGUUCUUCUUGACAGAGUUGCCCUGGAUAAGGAGAAAAAUAUGCUUGUACAAGAGAACCAACAGCUAAGAACUGUACUUAAACAAUAUCUUGAUGGAAUAUCAGUCAAUGAUGAAAUACUCAGUCACCACAAUCCAUUAUUUGUUGUCAACGAAAAAACAAAUGUACAACUUUCUGUACCAGUGGUUGAUCCCAGAGUGCUAAGGCCAACACAGACCGUUGUGGAAGCUGCACAUGUGGUAAAACACAUUCUCCCUUCAUAAAAGCCAUGCAGAAUUGAAGUUUGGCUGCUCAAGGUCUAUUCCUUAGUUGAUGUCGUCCAGAUUAUAUUUAUAUAUAUGGAGUAUAAUCCCCCUCCUUUAUUAAGAAUAAGAAAAAAAACCUCCCAUUAAUCAUAUUUGUUUAUGUUAUGAUGAAUUUGAAAAAAACAAUUAUAAGAAGUGUUUACUGUACAAAACAUGCGUUCUGUAUUUUGAAAAUAACUGAUAACACAUGCAUGUUUGUUUUAUUUUAUUAUGACUGUAGAAACAGUAAUAAAUAAGUUUUCAUAC